AUGGUAACAGGAGACAACAUAAAUACAGCUCGGUCGAUUGCAACAAGUUGCGGCAUUUUGCGUCCUGGUGAAGAUUUCAUUGCGCUGGAAGGCAAAGAAUUUAAUGCACGGAUUCGGAAUGAAAAAGGUGAAGUAACACAAGAGAAACUGGACACAAUUUGGCCGAAAUUGCGUGUGUUAGCUAGAGCGCAACCAUCUGAUAAAUAUACACUUGUCAAAGGCAUCAUCGAUAGCCGUAUCACUGAUAACAGGGAAGUGGUUGCUGUGACAGGAGACGGUACAAAUGAUGGGCCAGCGUUGAAGAAAGCAGAUGUUGGCUUUGCGAUGGGAGACGGUACAAAUGAUGGGCCAGCGCUGAAGAAAGCAGAUGUUGGCUUUGCGAUGGGUAUUGCCGGGACAGAUGUCGCCAAAGAAGCAUCCGAUAUCAUCUUAACCGAUGAUAACUUCACUUCCAUUGUUAAGGCGGUAAUGUGGGGCCGAAAUGUGUAUGAUUCAAUAGCCAAAUUUCUGCAGUUCCAACUAACUGUGAAUGUGGUCGCUGUUGUUGUUGCAUUUGUCGGGGCUUGCGCCAUCCAGGACACGCCUUUAAAAGCAGUACAAAUGCUUUGGGUAAACCUCAUCAUGGAUACGCUGGCGUCUCUAGCACUGGCGACUGAGAUGCCAACUGAGGAUUUGCUGAAACGAAAGCCAUAUGGACGCACAAGUCCUCUGAUUUCCCGUACGAUGAGCAAGAAUAUCCUGGGCCAUGCAUUUUAUCAGUUGCUCAUCCUAUUUGCUCUCAUUUUUGCAGGUGAGCGGUUUUUUGAGAUCGAAAGCGGCAGAUGGGCGCCGUUGCACUCUCCUCCCUCCGAGCAUUUCACAAUUGUUUUCAACACAUUUGUAAUGAUGACGCUUUUCAAUGAAAUCAAUGCACGGAAGAUUCAUGGCGAGCGCAAUAUCUUCACA